UAUGUCUUCUCUCACGGCAUCCUCGCUUUUCCCUUCUUCCCUUGUCUUGCGUGUAGUUUGAAAUUGAGAUCUUAGCACAAUGGCGAUCAUUGGAAACAAAGAGCAUCUUGUUGACCCUCGUCUUGCUACCAUUGCGCAAGUAGAUACCAAAAGAUGGUACCAAAAGCCCAAUCUACGAGCACUAUAUCUUAUGUUAAUACCAUCCGCCAUGGGCGUUGAGUGGACCUCUGGAUUUGACUCUUCCAUGAUGAACUCAUUACAAGCAGUGGCAUCUUGGGUUGAAUACUUCGACAACCCUACCGAGGGUCGACUCGGCCUGUUGAACGCCAUGUAUUCUCUCGGCGCGCUUAUGGCGAUUCCCUUCAUCCCCGCUGUUUCACAAUACCUCGGCCGUCGUUGGUCGAUAAUGGCUGGGUCCUUAAUCCUCUGCGUUGGUGCAGCAUUACAGGCCGGGUCACGAAAUAGUGACAUGUUCCUCGCCUCUCGUUGGGUCCUUGGAUUUGGCAUUCCUUUCGCCAUUGUGAAUGCCUCCUCGCUUAUCGGGGAGCUGGCCUACGAAAAAGAGAGGGCUACAAUGACAUCGCUAUUCAGUUCGUCGUGGCACGUAGGUGCUAUUGUCGCCGCUGGGGUUACAUAUGGGACGUUCCAAAUGAGCAACGCGUGGGCUUGGAGGCUGCCUUCUCUCCUACAGUUGGUUCCCAGCUUGUGCCAGAUAUGCUUUAUUCCGUUCUGUCCCGAGAGCCCGCGUUUUCUUAUAUCUGCCGACCGCGGCGAUGAAGCAUAUGCGAUUCUCCAGAAGUAUCACGGUGAGGGGGAUAAUGGCGAUGAAUUUGUCCGUCUUGAAUUCGCGCAGAUUUCGAGUACUAUUGCUCAAGAACAGGAGAGAACCAAUACGUUCGCAUGGACCGAUGUUUAUAGAGAUCCUCCGAUGAGACGCCGUUUCCUACUUGCUGCCAUCGUGGGAUUCUUUACGCAGUGGAGUGGGAAUGGGCUUCUAAGCUUUUAUAGGUACAAGAUUUUGAACCUCGUGGGCAUCACAGAUAACCGCACGGUUCAAAAGGUUAUUCUGAGUAAUACGUGCUGGGGAUUGAUAAAUGCUGUCCCCAUCGCUAUAAUCGCGCCUCUUUUUCGCCGCCGUGUGAUGUUUCUAACCUGCACUAUCGGGACUGCAGUCGUUUACACUGUGUGGACGAUAGCCUCAGCCAGAUUUGCGCUUGAGAAUACUGCGACGGCGGCAAUCCCGGUGUUGGUGUUUAUAUUCGUCUAUUCCCCAUUCUAUAAUAUUGGAUGGAAUUCUCUGGUGUAUACUUAUAUGGUGGAGAUAUUCCCGUACCAACAACGAGCUAAAGGAAUCGCGGUUCAACAGCUAACAGUUCGCUUCGCCGUUUUCUUCAAUACUUACGUAAACCCAAUAGCUUUAGACCAUAUUGGAUGGAAGUAUUAUUUAGUGUAUUGCGGAUGGAUCCUGGUUGAAAUCGCGACGGUGUACGCGUUAUUCCCGGAGACGCAUAACCGGACACUAGAGGAACUAUCCUUCAUGUUUGAGGGUAAAGAGGUUCAAGAUAAGGUUCAAGAGAACGUCAACAAGCAGCUGGAGCUGGAGCGAUCAGAUCGGAACGUCGCUGUUGGGGGGGAAAUUUGAGUGGGAACUCUAGAAAUGGGCGAUCCUAGGAGAAGUUGCAUCGGAGAUAAGGCAAACUUGUUCCCACACAUGUCGUGUGCCAUUUAUACAUUAUCAUCAUGCUGAUCAUAGGGGGGGAUAUACGUCUACAUAUCUACAUAUAUACAUACGUAGGUACAUACAUCCAUUAUAUACAUCCAUGGAUAUGUAGGUACCUUUACAGUACAAUAUGUACAUAAUCACGUACCUAGGUACCUAGGUAUGCCAUAUGUGCCUUCGCUGC